GCGAUGGUCAAAUCGCCAAACUCAAGGUUUCAAAAUGGCAGUCCACCAACCAAUGGGUGACGUCACAAUGAUUAUGGUCGCUUCUUAUAUUCAGUUUAUGUGUGUCACCUUAUUUAUGACACAGGACAGCAACAUCCACCACAUAAUCCAUUCACAGUCUGGAUGUGUGCCAGCUUUUUCAUUUUGUCAGAGGGAACAGAGUGCUGACCCUUACUGUGACUAAGGCUGAGUAUAUAUUCACAUCCAGAUUCACAUUUAGAAGAUUGAUUGUUGUAUUUUUAGAAGGUGCAUGAUUUUGAGUAACUUUGAGCCACCCAUCAUGUGUUUGUAAUGGUGGAUACACUGAGAAGAUAACUCAUUUGUGACAGAAAUCACAUACAAAUGUAGGCUAGAUGAUUUCAUACAGCCAUUAUAAGCAGUGCAGCAUCAUGUUGACUGCAUUGUUGGUUGAUGUGUGUGUUGUUUGACUGCAGGCUCCAUGAACGCAGUCAUCCUGUGUGGCCUCAGCUGUGGAAGGACAGAGCCGAGUACACCAACCCUCUGUACAAGGACGAGUUGAGCCAGAGUCAGGGCGUCCUGAGACCCAACACCACCCCGUACUGCUUCAAAAUGUGGAAGGGUCUUUAUAACCACGUGGAGAAAUCAACGCCUCCUCGCCAGUCACCUGCCGACUUCCUGUCUGCUGUGAGGGAGGAGUCCCAUCAGCUGGAGGAGGAGCUAACCAAUCACCAGGAGGUACCGCCAGGAGGAACCGCCCACCACCACCCCCUGGGCUCCAGACAAGAGGAUAGCAGCCCUGACAGGGAAGCCAACCACAUGGGAGAAAAUCAAGGUUCCGAGGAGGAGGACUAGCCACUUGUGUCCCCUUACACAGACCCAAUCAGCAGCUCCGCACAGAACAACGGCCACGCCCUCUCCUCUGAACCAGCCAACCAGAAAACUCAGACCAAGGACCCCGAUCUCGCCCUGCUUCUAGGGCCGCACACCCAGCUUAAGAGUACCAACCCUGAUGACCUCUCCGCUUGCAGCGACCUGGAGUCGGGCGUGGCCAACCUCAGCAGCAGAUCGUCCAGCGGACUCGGAUGAGGCUGUCUUUACUACUGCCUGACUGGAAAAAGGUAACCCUGCCGCCUGGCUGAAAGGUGAAAGAAGAAAUGACGAUAAAUAUUUCCCUCCAACACCCAGAGGGGCAGAAUGUGACGAGAUGGUUACGGGACUGAAAGGCGAAUGGAUUUUAUCUCUUGUUUUCGAGCUGUAGUUUUUCUCAUUCCUUCUCAGUCUAAAGGGAGUCACAGUGAAUUACUGGAGGGAGAAACCUCACUGGCUGUUGUUCAGUUCCCCUUUUUGACAAAGGCACUGAAAGAUCUUUCUUUUUACUUUUUUUAAAAUUGUGUUGUUUUGUUGCAAAUAGCCCAAAAUAUUAUUUUUUUUUUAUAUGUGUAUGUGUUUUUUAGGUGGCUCAAUUUGUUUAAGGAAUGCACUAUUACUACUUUUAGAUGGAUAAAUUUUCUAUGAAACCAGCCUGAAAUAUAGUAGGACACAUAGGCUUGAGGAGGGGAGUGAAACAGUCCGAUGAAACACUUAAACAUUUUAGUAGAACAAAUUUCCUGGACUAACCUUAACUAUGUCCAUAUUUAUCAUCAACAAACACGUCACCUCUUCAAGAAAAUCAAAAAAUAAUUUACAACACUAUGGAAGAUUUACUGAAUGAUUUAUUUACACCCAGUCUUCACUCCUCCUCCUCAGUGUAAACUAAUGUGUUAUUAUAGUCAUAAAGUCAUACAAUUAUUUUCUCCCAUCUCUCCUUGAGUUUCUUGAGCUAUAACUUACUUAUUCCACAGUUUGGACCAAGUUAGGUGUGAGGGGCCACUGGUAAAGUUCUACAACUCAGUAAUGACAACAAUUAGAAGCUGAGUCACAUGAUUACAUUUUCUCUGGAAAAUGAUCUUAUUUGUUUAUGUAGAGGAAAGCAGAUGCAUGUUUUCAGUGAGUUUGGGGGUUUUCAGAUGUGGACCCAGGAUCAGCCAUCCAUCCUCUGGGUUGAAGCUUUAGUGCUGAAUGGAAGAACAGAAAUCAAGCUGGAGAGUUGCUGCUCGCGGGAAAUGCAAAAUUGUUCUUUUGUGUAGUCUAAACACUGGGAGGCCAACGACAACUACAACCACUCAGUUUCUUCCCUGACAUGAAACCUUUGGUUGUACUCUAGUCUUAAAUAAUUUCUUCCCUUUGUAACUUUACCUUCUCCAAAACCAUAUCGCUCCAAAAAACAAAUCUGCCACUAGAGAUCAGUAUUUAUGCACAUUCAAAUAUAAGCCGCUUUAAAAAAAAAAAAAAAAAGUGAAUCUUUUCUUACAAUACAACUUUCUUUUCCCAGCCAUGAUGGAGGUAAAUAAAAAGAUGACUACAAUAUGUCCUAGAUCUACAGUCUGAAAUGAUAUUUCUAGAAUCAGUUUGAACUAUUUGUCAUUAACAAGGAAUUGGAAUCAACAAGAACAAAAUGUGAACAAAAAUAUGAAUGUUUAUUUAAAGCCAUUUAUUUACUAGUUGGUGUGCACCGUCAUCAUUCUAUCCGCAGUGAUGUUAUAAUAUACAUCCUCAGCCCAACUAAAUCCUUCAGUUGAAAAUCAUCAUGCAAUCCAGUGAAAUCAUAUGACAGAUUUUUCAAACAUCAUCAUAUACAGUAGACUGUUUGAAUGAUGCGUGCUUCAGGACACAAACUGUAAACUCUGAAGUUGUGAAAUGCCCUGUAACUUUUUACAUUCCCAUUUAGGUAAAGUACCAACAGCAAAAAGAGAUUUAAACACAACUUUUCAUGUUCUCUACACUGCCUGUGUGAUUCCAUAUGUUAACAACCAUAUACAGUGUUUGGAUUGGUUAGUUCAUUGUAAAGUUGGCUGAAAACCCACUGAACAUGACUGGCUCCAUGUGUUCCCUCAAUGUGGGUAGACAGACCACCGGUUUUAAGAAAACUGUGUUUCCACAUGACAUUCAUACAGCCAAAUGAAAAAAAUAAGAAAAGUUUUUGCCCUCCUUUAUUGUUCAAAUCUUUUUUUAGAUUUCCUUUUUAAAGCUUGGCUUAUACAGCUGCACUCAGUUGGGGGGAAAAAACAGAAGUAGAAUAGGUUCCGACAGGUGUACCAACAUGCAGAUAUGAUAAGAUCAAAGUGUGUGAGGAUAAAUGUCACCAUGCUGCUGUGGAUGAGAGAACACUGACUCAAUCUAGUGAGCUAUAGGAUCCCCUCUCCUUUUCAACUGGAACAUUUCACUGUUCCCUGUGGUGUGUGUGUGUUCUGUAUCAAUUGAUGUAAAUGAUUUAUCAAUAUAUGACCUGUUAAAGGGAAAGAAAUGCAACACACUGGCUCAGACGUAUUAUUCAAAAUUACAUGAAGGGCAGCUUCAAAUAACAAAACCCGACAAGGCUUUUGAAUUGUCAGAACAAUGGAAUCACUUUCAGUUUUAUUGGUUCAUCAUAGUGUCACAAAAUGAGAAGGAACCGACUGGCGAAUAGUCAGUGGGAAAAAGUUGAUCCGUUUCCUGCAUACAUGGAUUUGACAAAUAUGAAAUAUCAUGUCUUAUUUGUCAUAUAUCUAAAUGUGUUCAUGGCUAAGGGCUAAGGGCUUUCAUUUCUCAAGGUUUGGCUUGCAGUUGGAUGAUUAAAAUAUGCUGGUCUUCAGUAUCAAUGUAACAAUUCAGCAACUGAAAAAAACUCCAUCUCAUUAAAAAAUUAAGCAAUACAUUUUAACCCAUUACAUCAUAUUUGAAGUCGUGACAGUUCUCAUAUAAUAUCCAACCAAAAAUACCCAGAAAUCCCUUUCUCUCAUUAGUCAGUGAGUCUUCCCUCUCCUUCCUGACAUUACCAAAGACACCAAGACUGGCUCUUUCUGAAUUCAAUCGAUCAUUUUUGUGGUCACGCCUCAAGAUAGGGUCUUGACAGAUAAAUAAGACCUUGAAUAGAAGCCUGUUUUGGCAGAGAGUGACAGUUGCUGCUUCUCUCUCAUGAGAAGAAAAGCUGCUGACAAAUUUGUUGCGUUUCCUCUGGAUAGGAGACCUCAUGGCCGAUGGUCCGAGGAUCGCUGAAGAUCUCAUAGUCGUUUCCUCCCUAACAUCCACACACACACAAACACACGUUAGCUUACCUACACUGUGAUUUAUCUGAAUAGCAAACUAGUUGAGCUCUACAAGGAACUACAAAGAAACCCCGGUGCCAUUUAUUUCAGAAUUUAGCACAAACUGCUCUUUUGGGAAUCAGACAAUACAGACCUGACUUUUUAUACCUGUUAAAUUAACUAUUGGUUAGUUAUAAACUAUUUUCGUUUUCUUCUUCCAUCAACUGCUAUUGUCAUUUUAAUUAUUAUUAUUAUUAUUCCAGGCAGAGAAACUGAAACUCGACAUGCUCAUUAGUGAAACUUUUCAAAUUUUAUGCUAAUCAUCUACUUUUUGUUUGAGUGAAUCCAAAAAACAAAACAAUGUCAUACACAAGUGUCUGAAGGCAGGCAGAAAUCUUGCAUAUUCUGUGUGUUUAAACACCAUCAGAUUGCAUAUGCGCAGCAAACUGCUCUGGAUAAACUGGCUUAAUGAGAAAAUGUUUUUGAAUGGGGAUGAUAGUGUGUUGCCAGGUCUUUACGACUCAUCACCGGGUGUAACAACCUUCAGGAGAGCACAGCA